GCGUUUCGCGUCAUCAACAACCACAGCCCACCAUGUCCAAAGCCGAAUCUUCAAAAGCUGCCGCUGGCAAUGGUGCCAAGCCCAAUCCCAAUGCUGCCGGGGGCGCAAACUAUGAGCUGCCCUGGGUUGAAAAGUACCGUCCUGUCUACCUUGACGAUGUCGUCGGCAACACGGAAACGAUUGAGCGCCUCAAGAUCAUUGCCAAAGACGGCAACAUGCCACACAUGAUCAUCUCGGGUAUGCCAGGUAUCGGCAAAACUACGUCCAUUCUCUGCCUCGCCCGCCAACUUCUCGGUGACGCCUACAAAGAAGCUGUUCUCGAGCUCAACGCUUCCGAUGAACGUGGUAUUGACGUCGUUCGCAAUCGGAUAAAGGGAUUUGCGCAGAAGAAGGUUACGCUCGCCCCGGGGAGGCAAAAGCUGGUCAUUCUGGACGAAGCAGACAGCAUGACGAGUGGUGCACAACAGGCGCUGAGAAGGACCAUGGAGAUUUACAGUGCGACAACACGAUUUGCCUUUGCGUGCAAUCAGUCCAACAAGAUCAUCGAACCGCUACAGUCGAGAUGCGCCAUCCUCAGAUACGCCCGCCUCACCGAUGCCCAAGUCGUGCGCCGCAUUAUGCAAAUUGUCGAAGCCGAAGACGUAAAAUACUCCGACGACGGAAUUGCAGCCCUGGUUUUCUCUGCAGAGGGUGAUAUGCGACAAGCCAUCAACAACCUACAAUCUACAUUUGCAGGUUUCGGCUUUGUCAACGGGGACAACGUGUUCAAGGUGGUGGACAGCCCACAUCCCAUCAAAGUACAAGCCAUGAUCAAGGCGUGUCACGAACAGCGUAUAGAUGACGCCUUGGCAUCGCUUAAGGAACUCUGGGAUCUAGGCUAUUCAUGUCACGACAUCAUCAGCACCAUGUUCAAAGUCACAAAGACGAUUGACACGCUGAGCGAGCAUGCCAAGUUGGAGUUCAUCAAGGAAAUCGGUUUCACACACAUGCGUAUCUUGGAGGGCGUACAAACCCUUCUCCAACUCUCUGGCUGCAUAGCUCGCCUAUGCAAGAUAAACAUGCAACCCCAGCUCUUUGUCCUCCCAACGAAAUGAAAUAAAUAUAUCAAAAAGUCUUGUGCAAAAUGUUGCAUCGUUUAGCAUGGCGUUUGGCGUUGAUUUCAAAGAACUACAGUGAGCAAUGUCUCGGUGUAUCGUAGCAAUAAACAUCCACCAGAAGAUUUUCCAA